CGCCGGGAGCAGCACGACAGCGAUCGUCAAGGAGGGCAAACUGGGUGGUCAUUUGCUGUACUGAGGACCUCCGAGCUCCUCGGCGAUGGCGGAUUCUUGGUAGCGGUGGCGCUUGCCUCGAAAUAUUUGUACCCUCAGUUUGGCUCGUGUUAGGGCUUGUGCAAGACUUAGGGUGGCAUGCGAACAUCAUCGGUGCAUGUUGGACAGAUGAAGGGGAAGGAAAGGAAAUGGUUUGCUGCCUUGGCGGACGUGGCAGGCAAGUUGUAAUUUAGGUUGUGAACUUCCUCUAGAUAACGGUGCGUGGCAGGGGGUGCGGUUGUGAGGAAGGCACUGAAGGCGUUCCCCAGCUGUGAGCGGACGGAAUGUGACAUUGAAUUUCCAACAUCGCCCGGUGCGCCGAGUUGUGUCUAUUGCGAAGUUGGAUGAACGAGUCCUUGAAUGCCGAAGACAAAGGGUUUCAGUAGUCCAUGUCACCUUGCGCGUGUGAGGGCGUGGAAACAGUGUUUUGGUUGGCAUCGGCUGUGCCGGCUUCUCCGCCGGCAUUGCCAUGGCAAAUGUGACAUCGUCAUUGCAGGCCAAUGUGACGUCAUUACAUACCGAUGGGGCUCUGAGUGACCCUGAGAGUGAUGAUUUCCAAGAUCCUGAAUUGGUCACCAGUGGCGUAGACGACGAGGACCUCGAUGGCACGGUGGUUAGUGGUUGUGGUACGGAUAGUGCUCUGGCUGAGCACCAUGUGGCAUCAUGGGAAGGGCAGCGGUGUAUACGGACACCGGAGGGUGGUGUUGUCUUCCCCAGAGAACAGAUCGAAGGACAAGAAGGUGGGAAAGAUGGUGCUACGGCCUGCAUCAGCAAAGAGGAACUUCAGCAAAAUGGACUGGUUAACGGAUCGGUUGAGGGCGCUGUUUGUGAAGAUUCUGCUGUUCGACAAGACAGAAUGAGAACAAUGAUGGGAGGAAUGGCCAAAAUGGCAGCAGAGUGUCCGGCAGCUGCCAAAGUGGUCGCUGGGGCGGAGAGGGAUGUUAUUGAGCUGGAGACAGACAGAUGUCGAAGGCAGGGGGCAGCUGUUUUGGAUUCUGAAAAGCAGUCUCAAAUGAAGCUUCUAGAGAGCCUGGAAAUGGAAAAGAAGGCAAGGGCGAAUGCAUUUGCCGAGGUGAGGGCAGAGAGAAAAGCAAGAGAGAAGAUGCUCUUGGAACUGGAGACUGAAAAGAGGGAAAGGGAGAAAAUCGUUCGGGAAUUGGAGAAGCAGAGGAGGAUGAUGGAGAAUGUGCAAUCAGACUUGGAGGAGGAGGAGAAAGCAAAAAGGGAGUUGGCAGAGGAGCUGGAGGUGGAAAGGAGGAAGAGAAGAGAGGCGGAUAUGGAGCAGGACACUAUGAAGAAUAUUAGAGACAAAGUUGUCGAGGAGUUGGAGAAGGAAAGGAAUGCAUUGCUGCGGAAAGUGGAGGUACAAUUAGAAGCCGAGAAAAAGGCGAUGGGGAAAAUUGCUGAAGACCUGCAUGCAGAAAAGAGGCUUCGGGAGAAGUUGACUUCGGAGUUGGACGGGGAGAAAAAGGUUAGACAGAGACUUAUGUCAGAGCUAGAAGGAGAGAGAAAACUGAGAGAGAAGGUAGAGGCAGGAAAGAAGGACAUAGAGAUUACUUGCGGGCGAUUGAAGGAGAUGCUUCAUGAGGCGCUUCGCCAACGGGACGAGGCAAGGCGUCAGCGUGAAGACAUCCUUAAGCAGCGGGAUGAAGCUAUGAAGCAAAGAGACGAGCUGGUGAAAGUUCGUGAUGGGGUGAAGGCAGAGGUGGAAGCAGGAAUGGAAGCCUUCGGAGGGAAGGAGAUGGAGAGACUUGUUGGGAGGGCGGCGGCUCAAGCGAUAAUAGAAAAUGGGGAGCUGAAAAGGGGGAGAGGCGGAGUAGCCAUAGAGGGGAUGUUGGGGUUAAUGGUAGGGUACAGAAGGAGAGUGGAUGGGUUGGUGGAAGAGGUGGUGAAACAGAGGGAUGCUGCUGUCAAGGCACAGGAUAGGGCUAGAGAGCAGAUUGACCAACGAAACAUUGAGAUUGCCAUUGAGGUUUCUGAUUUGGAGGCCAAGGUGUUGCAAUUGAUGGAAGAGGUGGAGCAGAAGACUGCGGAGGUGGAGAAGCUGCGGCAAGUGCUGGUGGUUAACGAGGAGAUGGAAAAGAGAGGGAAGGAGAUGGAGGUAGCAUUAUCGGCGGAGAAGAGAAGGGCAGAUUCAUUGGAGGGAGAAAAAGAACAGGUGGAUAAGGAGCUAGCAGAACAGAGGCAAGUUGUGACGGAGUUGAAGAGAAAUCUGAUGGAUUUGGAUGCGUGGGUGAAAGAGGUGCAAGAAGAGGCAAGAAGAACCGAGGAAGGCCUAAAGAAGGAGAGGGAAGAGGCUGAAAGAGGCAGAGACGCGGCUAUGGAAGAGGGGAGGAGACUUACUGAGCGAGUUGCAGAAGUGAUGAUGGAGGCGGAGGAGGUGAAAAGACAACUUGAACAUGACCGAAUUGAGAGCAGAACUUCGCUGGAGGAGGAGAGGGCGGGGAGAAGGAAGGAGGUUGCAGAGUUGGAGGGAGAACUCAGGGCACUGCAAGAGGGAGGGGAGAGAGGGAUGGAAGAACUUGAAAGGCAACUACAGAGAGUAAGGGAAGAGCUUAGGGAAACCGAGGGUGCAUUAAGACAGGAGAAGGGUAGGGCAAUUGAGGCAGAGUUGAGGAGAGAUGAGGCCGUCGCCGAGGCACAGGCAUUGCAUGAAGAGAUUGGCAAGCUGACAAGCCACGUGGCAGAGCUGGAGAAAGAUCGCACGAUCACCAGGAGCGAAAUGGACGAUCUACAGUCGCUUGUGCACGAGGGCAGAGAUCUUAUGGAGCUGGAGAAAGUGAGCCGAAUGGAGGCUGAGGAGCGAGUAUUGUCUCUGACACUGGAGUUGGAGAGGGCGAGACAGAGACUAUCAGAGGCCGAGGAUGAGGUGAAUAAGUGGAGUCAAGCAGCAAAGGAGGAGGCUAUGGUGGGAGGAGCUGUAUUGAAAGAAUCAGAGGGGAAGAGUAAGCAGAUUGCAUCGUUGACUACGCAGUUGGCGCAGUGGAGGAAGAUGGCAGAGGAGCUCAGUGCGAAGAUCAGAUCGAAGGAGGAGAUAGUUGCUGCAGCGACAGCAGCGAGGGACGCUGCAGAACAGUCACUGCAGGUGGCAGAUGACCGGGCACGGCAACUAAGAGCAAGAGUUGAGGCUUUGGAAACCCAGCUGGAGGAGGUGGGGAGGUGGGGAGGUGGAGGAAGUGGAGCGGGCAUAUUGAGCAGACUAUCAUGGGGCGAUUGUUGGCCUCGAAGAGGGUGGAACACAGGUGGUUCGGUAACAGAAGAGGGAGAGAUGGGCAGUUCCAGAACAGGCGGGGGGCUGGCAUGGCUGUUCAACAGGGCAGGAAGAAGGGGAGGAACUCGCUCGUUCUCUCAGGCGGAGAUGGAGGAAUUGAUGCAACCUCUUGUAUAGAUCCCUGAUCGUCAUAUUUUUUUGCUUAAUGUCUGCUUUGUGUCUCUACCUUUUCUCUUAAUCUAGGUGCAUUACGUGUACAGAGAGAGAGACUGUGCUCGUGUUGUCUGAAGAGAGUUGUAGAGAAGUGUGGAGUGAAGACGGGGCUUCGGUCUGGCCAAGCAACUAGGUGAGUUGGGUUAAAGUGCAAAUUCACAAGGAAAGACAAUGCCACCCAAUUGCGAAAGAAAUGAAAGCACUUGCAAAGA